AUGGUUUGCAUUCAACCCACAAGCUACCUGGAUUCUCCUGAUUUUUCCCUUCAUGUUACAUCAUUAAUAUCAACUCCAAUUCACUUGAUUGCACUUUAUAUCAUUUUACGAAAAACUCCAGCAUAUAUGAAUACAGUGAAAUGGUAUUUGUUAAACUUACAUGGGUGGAUAAUGUUAUAUGAUUAUUCAGUUGGCUUACUUAUGGAGCCAGUUCUUUUGCUGCCUUGUUUGGCAGUAUUCCCACGUGGAAUUUUGUCCGUAGUAGGUGUUCCGACUUCAUUUCAAGCGUUGAUGGUGGUAAUGUUUCUCGCAAAUGUUCAUGUCUCCGUGACUGCAAUUUUUGAAAGCCGAUUUUUCAUACUUUGUAAAUUUACUGGAAAGAAGUAUUGGGCUCUGCUUCGAUGGUCUCGCAGCGCAUUAUACCCGAGGAAGAUCGAAGUAAUUGUAGUAUUUCAGAAAAUUCCCUGUCUUCCCGACUAUUUCUAUGAAAACACUUUUGUGGCGGCUGUUCACACAACUUUCCACGUUUCCACAAGUUUCAUUUUUGUUUUAAUCGUUUGUAUCGAAGUUUUAACAUUUGUAAUUUGUAUUUUUUGGCAUUUCAUGCAGCAACAAAAAUGCUCUAAAACGUUUCAAGUUCAGAAAAUGCUUUUCUUCGCACUAAUUAUCCAAAUGGGUGUUCCAUUAGUCAUGCUAAUCAUUUCACUGACAUGUGCAUUUAUAUCAGUUUUAUCUCUAUAUUACAAUCAAAAAGUCACAAAUUUCUUUGUGAUAAUCGGUUCGUUGCAUGGAGUUGUUUCAACAUUGAUGAUGCUUUUUGUUCAUAAGCCUUAUCGUGACGCUUUGAAAGGAUUCGUUUCAAAACAACAGCCACGUAGCCAGCAGAGAACACGUGGAUUCAAAGUUACUACUCAAAAAGUAUGUUAUCUUGAUCUAUGA